AUGGCGUCGCCCAGUUGGAUAGACAGCUUACGCUCUGCUCAAAAGACGGCCCUUGUUCAAGACGGCAGAAGGAAAAUCCACUAUCUAUUCAAAGAUGGGAAAGAAAUGGCAGAAGAGUAUGAUCUAAGGAGCAAUGACCUUUUAGUCAGAAAAUGGAGGAACAAGAGCACACUUGGAGGUGAUGGUAAAUGGGAAUUUGAAGUUGGGGAAAUAUUUCGUCCUGUGAAUUUAGAUGUAGAUUUGUUUCGAGAGAAUAACAGUAAUGUAAGAAUGAAUACAAAGCUGUCAUUUCAAUGGCGUGUUCGUAAUCUACCUUACCCUAUUGAUACUUACAAUGUUACCGUGGAUACCGAUAGCGGAUGUAUCAUCAUCAGGACAACAAACAAAAAAUAUUACAAGAAAUUCAACAUUCCAGAUUUGCAGCGAUUGGGAUUACCCUUGGAGCAGUCAGCGUUGAGCAUAGCACAUGCAAACAACACUCUAAUUGUUACUUAUAAAAAGCCAAAUGUUGUUUUGGAAACCGAGGGGCUGUUGUAUAAAGAGUUGGAAAAACUGAAAUCGUCUAAAGAUGGUGACAUGGAAUGCAGUCCAAGUUAAUGAUACAGAUCUCUGAAUUUGAGGAGGGUAGUUAAAAACAUUAAGAGGGAACCCAUCUCUAAUCACUUAGUUCAAAGUAACUUGAAUCCUCAUUGUAAUAUACCGCAAACAUUAUUCGAUUAAUGGUCUACACGUAAUUUAGCUGCGUUUUUGCUGUUUUUGUUCAUUUUACAAUUACACAAUAAAAAGGCACAUGCUGCAAAUUUCAAC